ACUAUUGCGAAUGCCACACUAACUAACAAGAAGAAGAAGAUACUGCAAAAUUUCAUACAUUUGUUUUGCCUGCGUCAAAUAAUAAUAAUUUAGAUAGUAAAAUAAAGCAGUAAACACUUACAAUUUGACAAAAAUGGAUAUGCAUAAGUAUACAUUACAAACAAUACGACAAGAUUUGAUUGAUAACAAUUUGCAGGUCAAAGCAAUAAUACAGGAUAUAUUGACAUAUCGUGGCAGUAUUCAUGAAUUGGAAGCGUUAAAUGAAGCAGGUCGUGCUAAAUUGGCAGCCUUGCGUAAAAGUAUACAACACCUGGAUGAUUGGGCGCGAGAUACUGGCGAUGCUGAGUUGUGCAAGGAUGUGGACUCACACAGAGAUCAAUUUUCGAAGACAUUGCAAGCAUUUCGUAAAGCCAAUAUUUCGACACGCAUUGAAAUUGAGAAGGCUAAUCGCGAAGAGCUAAUGGCUAUAACGGGUGAAACUGAUUUGCGUCAAAGAACAACUGGUGCGUCAUCACGUCACAAUCGUGGUAGCUUAGUAUCACAGGAGAACAAUGUAACAGAGAAAAUGCUGGCCAUAUCUCGACACCUCUCAGAAACCACGCAAAAGAGCGCUAUUACAUUGGAAAAUCUGGUGGCGUCAUCACAAAAUGUAGAAGCGACACGUGAUGAACUGCAAAAUACAGCCGGUUCAAUUUCGCAAUCAGGAAAACUUCUAAAGAAAUACGGACGUCGAGAGUGUACAGAUAAGAUGUUGUUAUUCUUUGCUUUUGCAUUUUUUCUUGCAUGUGUCUUAUAUAUUGUGCAAAAACGUUUGUUCUAGACGUGAUUAAUUAUUAGAACUGCGCAGAAUGGAGUUUAUGUGCGAACUGUUUGUUAAAAGUUUGUUUAGGGAAUUUAUAUUUAAGGCAAUGUAUAGUAAAGGAUAUACUCAUAAGUUAGACUGGGAGAUUCUAAAUGGGUGAGAAUAUAAUUUAGUGGUUUAAUAUAAUUUAUUUUCUUUAUACAUGUCUUUAAA